AUGGAGUAUCCUGUGCUAAUCAAACCGCAUCCAUUUCCAGUUCCAUUACCUGACGAUGCUCCAAACUUUCAAAGCACUGCUGAAAACUCUAAGCAAAAGAGAAGUUUUAUUUUUUACGACGACUUAACAAUUAGAAAUAUACCAAAUGAUAAUGACUACAAUUUUGACGCCAUUGAAUAUUCGAAGUCGGCAACUGCUGCAAAAUCUAGAAACAUAGAUGAAGACAUAAGGCCUUGCUCUUCUUGUGGUGGUAAGAAUAAGAAGCCUCAGGGUAAAACUGAUAGCAAUGUAAUACCUAGGAACAAUGAAUGCAACUGUGGUGAACAUCAAAGCGAAUGCGUAUGUGCUGGAAAAAAGAUUCCUCGUUCAAUUGCUAACACCUGGUACUCGGUAUUCAACAUAAGUGCGCCCCUGCCAUUCUUAAUAACGAAAUUGAGGCUAUACCGCAAGCGGAAGAAUACUUGGUUCAAAAUUGCACCAUCGAUAACGUAA